CGUCUGUCAUACUUGGAGGAAUUAGGCGCCAUUGUGGUUCCUACAGGAGCCCCUAAUCCAUAGGAUUUAAUGAGAGAGCUGGAUCUAUCAUGGCCGACUCUCAUCACAGUUGCACUGUAUAUUUACACCUCAGUCGAGAGAAACAAAUAAACUGAUAGGGAUUUCUUUCCACCAGGCUCUCAAUCUAGAGCUUUCAAGACAUUGCUAGUAACAGGGUGCAGUGGCGCGAUCUAGAGAAUGGCCCGGGUGGUGUUUCUCCAUCCCGACCUUGGAAUAGGUGGAGCUGAACGACUGGUGGUGGAUGCUGCAGUAGCCCUGAAGUCCAAGGGCUGUAGCGUCCAAAUCUGGACUGCACAUUAUCAUCCAUCACAUUGCUUUUCCGAGACCCUGGACCAGGAUUUACCAGUGGUCUGUGUAGGUGACUGGCUGCCCACUAGUGUCUGCGGCUACCUACAUGCCCUGUGUGCCUACCUGAGAAUGAUCUAUGUGGCUCUAUACCUGGUAUUUUUUAGCGGAUUGGAAUAUGACGUCGUCUUCUGUGAUCAGGUGUCCGUGUGUAUUCCAGUGUUGAGGUUGUCCCGUCGGAGGAAGAAGGUUCUGUUCUACUGCCACUUCCCAGACCAGCUCCUCACCCAGAGGCAGUCGGCGUUGAAGAGGCUCUACCGUGCUCCCAUCGACUGGAUGGAGGAGCGCACUACUGGGAUGGCUGAUAUGAUCGUAGUGAACAGUCGGUUCACGGCGGGGGUCUUCAGGGAGACGUUCCUCAGCCUGAAGGAGGUCCAGAUCGACGUGCUCUAUCCUUCCCUCAACACGGUCAACUUUGACCGGCCCUCCGAGGGGACUCGGGCCCUGGCCGGCCUGCUGCCCGAGGGCACCGCCUGCCUCUUCCUGUCUCUGAACCGCUACGAGCGCAAGAAGAACCUGGGCCUGGCUCUGGAGGCCCUGGCGGCCCUGAGGGACGCGCUGCCCUCCGCCCUGAUGGCGGGCGUCCACCUGGUGGUGGCGGGGGGGUUUGACGAGCGCGUGGCCGAGAACCUGCAGCACCACGCCGAGCUGAAGGAGCUGGCGGGCCGCCUGUGCCUGGGAGACCGGGUGACCUUCCUGCGCUCGCCUUCGGACGACCUGAAGGUGGCGCUGCUGCGGAGCAGCGCGGCCGUGCUCUACACCCCCAGCAGGGAGCACUUUGGGAUCGUGCCCGUGGAGGCCAUGUACUGCUGCUGCCCGGUCGUCGCCGUCAACUCCGGGGGCCCGCUGGAGAGUGUGGAGGACGGGGAGACAGGCUUCCUCUGCGAGCCCACAGCCGCCGCCUUCUCCCAGGCCAUGGAGAAGCUGGUCAGGGAGCCCAAGCUCCGCAGGGGCAUGGGACAAGCUGGGAAGAAGCGGGUGCAAGAUAAGUUCUCCCUAGAGGCCUUCUCAAACCAGCUGCAUGGGUACAUCCUCAGGCUGAGCCAGUGAGGCCAUUGCUGGGGCAGAGUUAGAGGAGUUGGUGGUCUCAGGGUGGCAGUUGAGGUGAGAGAAGCUCUGAAUAGUAUUAACUGGCCUCAGCUUUGAUCUGGAGUUCCCUGGAGCAGCGUUAUCUGUCAUUAAACUGUGAGACUGGUGGUUGAGGGGCCAGGUAAAGGGCCACAGAUAAGGGGGGGGGGGGGGGGGGGGGGUGGAGGUUGUGUUUUGGAAAAGGAAGACAAAUGAUGUAAAGGCUCUGGCUGUGUUUGUAUGCAGUAGCACACAUUUAUCAGCCUGUGUGUGUGUGUUUGCGUGUGUGGGUGCGUACGGGAGGUGAUGAAGAGGUGCCGAGGUAGGGGGCUCUGUGGCAGAGGAUAUUAUGAGGACUCUAAGGACAAUUAAUCAGCAUUCCCCCUGGAGGGGUUGCUGAGAGGAAGAGGGACGGAAUCUCUGUGCCAAUUAAGAAAAGAGUAACGAGUUUACCCAUCCUGCCCCUGGAAAAAUGCCACCCUCUGUGUGUGUGUGUGUGUGUGUGUGUGUGUGUGUGUGUCUGUGUGAGAGAAUGUGCAGCAGUAUACAGUUGCACAUGUGCAAGAGAGGGCCACCGCCGCUGCAAACAAGAGCCCAACAAAUGACUGGAGCCAAUAAAUUGAUUGCUUGAAUGAAAUGUUUUGCAGUCUCUCUUUUGUCUGGGCCGGGCUCACAGCAGAGAGAAGCCGUGAGGGGGAGGAAUGUGGUGAGGAGCAGGCCUCUGAGCGGACGCUCACAUGCCCCGGAUCAAUACCCGGGUUGUCUGGACGGGGGCUGUGUCGGACGCUAUUAGCGGGCGAUAAAGCGUUUGGCUUUGUCAGACGUGGGCUGAUGUGUGUGCGGGUCUUGGUCGUUAUCAGUGGGGAGAAAGGCAGAAGGUUGUUACUGCUCGGGCUCUACUACUGUAUGGCCCGGCACAUAUCGACAUUCCUGGAGAACUAAUAAACAAGGGGACACAUAGUUUCCCCACUCUUGGCUAGUUAGUUUUGUUCAUGUUUCCCCCCCUGGCCUUUAAUAACUGCUAACGGAGGUUCUUUGAGAGUGAGACAAGAGGCUUGGACGAGUAGUUCAUGUGGGAUCAGCUAUGUUUUUAUUGAAAGAAAUAUUUUGUUUGUCGGGCAAUGUUGUUCUACAGAUUGUUUAUUUCCGAAAUUAAAUCACAGUAAUCAAGAUUGUAUAAGCAAGACACUGGUUGGACUCAUUUGGUCUACAGAUCUUUACAGAUCUUUACAGCUCAGAUUCUGUGGGGAUCAUCUCAGGGAUCAUCCUUUGAAACGUUUGGGUCGCCACCUCAUCCUCUGUGUCCUUGGUCUUGUACAGAGUCUAGAAAGAUGUAAACAGAAAAGUUUGACCAUUAACCUCCAUUUACAUUGAGGGCCUUUAGCAGACGCCUUUAUCCAAAGCGACUUACAAUAAGUGCAAGUGAAAAAACAAUAUAUUGCUGUCAGUACUGUAAGGAUGUUCAUAGAAGACAGUGCCAAGCACUUACAAUUACUUGGUGAUCCCAUACCUUGUAUACAACCCAAAGUAGGAAGGAUAAGAUGCUACACAAUACUUAAUACAUUUUGUGCCAGGACAUACAAAGUACAAUUAGUGCGCAAGAAGAAGGAUAUUUUAAGGAGAGUUAGAGAGGAUGAGGGGGGCUGGAGGGUAAGGAGG